CUGGUCACUGCGCCUUCAGCCCGCAUUGUCAUCAACUGUCGCUGUGAUGAAGACAGAGCAACAUGGCGGAGAGUGAAACCCUGGAGAGUAUCACCGAGCAUGAGCGCAUACUGCAGGAAAUCGAGAGCACGGACACCGCCUGCAUCGGUCCAACGCUUCGAUCCGUGUACGAUGAUCAGCCUAACGCACACAGGCGUUUUAUGGAAAAACUGGACGCCAGAAUACGAAACCAUGACAGAGAGAUCGAGAAGAUGUGCAACUUCCACCAUCAAGGUUUCGUCGAUGCCAUCACAGAGCUCCUCAAAGUCCGAGCGGAUGCAGAGAAACUGAUGGGCCAAGUGACUGACACCAAUCGAAGACUUCAAGACGCCGGGCGAGAGGUGACGGCUCAGACAGAAGAGGUGAUUCGCUGCAGGGUUCAGCAGAGGAACAUGGCCACCACUGUGGAGAAACUGCAGCUCUGUAUCCCUGUUUUGGAAAUGUACAGCAAACUGAAGGAACAGCUUGAAUCCAAAAGAUACUACGCUGCACUGAAAACCAUGGAGCAGCUGGAGAACAUUUAUAUUCCCAGAGUGAGCCAGUAUCGUUUCUGUCAGAUCAUGGCUGAGACUCUGCCUAAACUCCGCGAGGAGAUCAAGGAGAUCUCUAUGUCGGACCUGAAAGACUUCCUGGAGAGUAUCAGAAAGCACUCGGAUAAGAUUGGUGAAACGGCAAUGAGACAGGCCCAGCAGCACAGGACGUUUAUCAGCACCGUGCAGAAGCAGGCGAAUCUCGGCUGUGCUAAACCCCUGUACAGCCUCAAUGGCAGAACAGCGCUCCAGCACAAUGGCCUGGCUGUAGAGGAAACAGUCGACGAAGAGGAGGCUGAUGAUGAAGUGUUAACAGUUCAGGAUCUGGUGGACUUCUCUCCUGUUUACCGAUGUCUUCACAUCUACACUGUUUUGGGUGACAGAGAGACGUUUGAAAAUUAUUACAGAAAGCAGAGGAAAAAACAAGCAAGGCUGGUGCUGCAGCCCCAGUCAAACAUGCAUGAAACAGUGGAGGGCUACAGAAAGUACUUUAACCAGAUUGUUGGGUUUUUUGUCGUGGAGGACCACAUAUUGCACGCCACGCAAGGUUUAGUCACCCGGGCGUUCACCGACGAGCUGUGGAACAUGGCCCUGUCCAAAAUCAUCGCCGUGCUCCGCACACACUCAUCUUACUGCAACGAUCCUGACCUGGUCCUAGAGCUGAAGAACCUGAUCGUUAUAUUUGCAGACACAUUGCAGAGUUAUGGCUUCUCAGUGAACAGACUCUUCGACCUGUUGUUUGAGAUUAGAGAUCAGUACAAUGAAACGCUGCUGAAGAAGUGGGCGCUGGUGUUCAGAGAAAUAUUUGAGCUGGACAACUACAGCCCCAUCCCCGUAGAAAACGAAGCAGAGUACAAGCUUGUGGUCAGUAGAUUCCCCUUCCACGAUGCCGAGAUUGAAAAGCAACCAUUUCCAAAGAAGCUGCCCAUGUCCCAGUCAGUGCCUCAGAUCUACAUUCAGGUCAAGGAGUUCAUCUAUGCCAGUUUAAAGUUCUCCGAGUCACUACAUCGCAGCUCUACUGAGAUUGAUGACAUGCUUCGUAAAUCCACCAACCUGCUGCUGACGAGGACGCUGAGCGGCUGCUUACAGAACCUCAUCAGAAAGCCUCAUAUAGGACUCACUGAGUUGGUUCAGAUCAUCAUAAAUACCACCCACUUAGAGCAAGCGUGUAAAUACCUGGAAGAUUUCAUCACCAACAUUACCAACGUCUCUCCAGAAACCAUCCACACCACAAGACUCUAUGGCCUCUCCACAUUUAAGGAUGCCAGGCACGCAGCAGAAGGCGAGAUCUACACCAAGCUCAACCAGAAGAUCGACGAGUUCAUCCAGCUGGCUGACUACGAGUGGAGCAUGGCCGAGUCGGACGGCAGGGCCAGCGGCUACCUCAUGGACCUCAUCAACUUCCUGCGCAGCACCUUCCAGGUCUUCACACACCUGCCGAAUAACACCAAUGAUCAUGCUGCGAUGUCGGGGAAAGUGGCUCAGACGGCCUGCAUGUCAGCCUGCAAGCACCUUGCCACCUCCAUGAUGCAGAUGCUGCUGGACACAGAGCUCAAGCAGGUCAGCAUGGGGGCCAUCCAGCAGUUCAACCUGGACGUCAUCCAGUGUGAACUAUUUGCCAGUUCAGAGCCUGUGCCGGGAUUCCAGGGGGACACACUACAGCUGGCGUUCAUUGACCUUCGACAGCUGUUGGACUUGUUCAUGGUGUGGGACUGGUCCACUUACCUAGCAGACUACGGCCAGCCCACUUCGAAGUAUCUUCGGGUCAACCCGUCAACUGCACUUGCACUUUUGGAGAAAGUCAACCGAGGGAUGAAGGAUACAAGCAAAAAGAACAACAUCUUUUCCCAGUUUCGAAAGAACGACCGCGACAAGCAGAAGCUGAUCGAGACGGUGGUGAAGCAGCUGAGGAGUUUGGUGAACGGCAUGUCGCAGCACUCCUAGAUCGUCCCCUUACCAUUUCCUUCCUGCACUUCCCAAUCCCACACACUGCGCUUAUGACAGUGUGAAAGCACGGUGCACAAUUGAGACCAACUUCAAGACUAUAGCACUGUUGUUUAUUUGCCCCUUCGACUACGAUGGCUCAGAUUCCAUCGAACCACUUUGAGUUUCGCAGCGUAGCUCGCUCACACAGCCGCAUCCCCAGUGCCGUCUGCCAAAACGUCUCCCGCUGUGUAUGUUCCAUUUCAAACUGAAUCGAUACUGUAAAUACGGGAUUAAAAAAAACGAAGGGGUCGGUUUACCAAAUGCAAACAAUUAAGCAGUAAUUUCUUCUUUUAAUGUAUUUUUAAUGGCCAAGGAUUAUGUUUUGUAUAUUGUGAAAGUGAAAUGAUUGUAUCACUACUCUGGAGUGCUGAUGUGGGAAUGAUGAAUGAUGAAGUCCUCAUGUGAGACUGAUGUUCAUGCUGAGAUCUUUGAGAAAUUCUCCAGAGCGGGAUGGGCCAUGAAGUUUUUAGUGUAAAUAUUUUAAAUUAUAUUUAACACUACCAUAAAAUCAUGCUUCCCUCACAAUCUGAAGUGAAUCAGUUUGGCUCAAAUUAUGUCAAUUUGUGGUGUAGGGGAAAAAAAAAAAAACCUUGCAUGAAUGUGUUCUUUUUUUAAUAUAUAAGGCUGAAGAUGACAGGAUGAUUUAAUAACAUUUGCAUCUAUUCUGAACCGUUUCUUCAUGUAAGGGAAUAAUGGUCUUCAGCUGUAAACUACAUUUCAUUAUGUACAAAACACUCGCUUGUGUCUGAAACGCUCUGUGGAAUUCUAUUUUUUAUUUAAUUUUUAUUUCCUCAGGGUGAAAUGAAAGCUUUUUUUUGAGUUUGAACGCUUUCAAAGCUCACACUAAGGCGAAAGAAAGCGAGCAAUAACUGGUCCAGAUGCAGCCGCCGAAGCAAAGCUGCAUUUCAUCAUGACUUUAGUUGCUCCUGGUCUUUGCGCAGACUUUGCACCAAAUAUUACUUAAGUUAUUUACAUAUAUAUGUGUAUAUAUGUAUGUAUGCUUGUGAAAUUAAAACGUCAUUGUACAAACCACAAAAUGGAACCUAGAGAUUCUCUACAUCCGAAGUGAGUGCAGGGGGUGGGGCAUGUUCCUUUCCCUGAACAUGAAAAUGUAAAAUAAGAAACAAUGAAACUUUAUGAAUCAUUCUUAGUGAUGCCACAUGUUCGGUUUUCCUCCAGUCUGUUAUGUCUGAAACAGCACUGCUUAUAUUUCUCCCCUUCUUAUUGAAUGCAGAAGAUACCAGCCUGCUGGUGAGCUGCAUUAUCUCUGACAUAAAGUUCAGUGAGAACUCCCAAGAGCAUCACUUUUCCCAGAAUGCAUUUGUUUUUGUCUGCUUUAAUAAAAUGUGAUCAACACA